GGAAAAAAAAUAAAAAUAAAUUCCAACUUUUUUCAUUUCCUUUUCUUUUUCCUUCUUUUUUCCUUUACAUUCCGUUUUUACUUCCUCCACCAUCUCCGCCGUUUCUUCUGCCUUUCUCUUUUCCAAUUCUUUUUCUUAUUCUCAAUCUCUCUCUCUCUCUCUCUUUCUCUCUCUCUCUCUCUGUCUCAUUACCCUCUUGUUUUCCAUGAUCACAGAAUGUGAUACCAUUGUUGAAAGUUUUAGUUUUUUUCCAUCAUCAUCACAGAGGGACUUCUGAGAACUUUUUGUUUUUUUUUUUUUUUUUUUUUUUUCUUGCUGAAUUUUCCUUAGAAAAUCCAAUGAACGAACCCCAACCCCAUCUGGGUUUAUGGGGUUCUGGUGUUUUAACCCCUUUCUUUAUCAUCCUUCUCGUUUUCCUUUCCUCUGUUCCAGUGGAGUCUCAGUCCGAUGCAGCAGCCAUGAAUGCUCUGAAGAAGAGCAUUGGAACGGACAGUCUCGGGUGGACGGAUUCCGAUUACUGUAAGUGGCCAAAAGUAACCUGUAAUUCGGAUGGUCAGGUCACGAAGAUACAACUGGGUAACCAGAACCUUAAAGGCACACUACCACCGGAAAUCGGAAAACUCACCCAGUUGCAACAGUUCGAGGUGCAGAACAACCAACUCACCGGGUCGUUCCCGAGUUUCUCUGGGUUGGCUUCGUUUCGUGUUCUGAUAGCCCACACCAACAACUUCACUUCUUUCCCUCCUGAUUUCUUCACUGGAAUGACCGCCGUCGAGAGCAUCACCAUCGACAAGAACCAAUUUGCGAAGUGGUCAAUUCCCGACAGCCUCAAAGAAUGUUCGACUCUUAAGGAAUUCUCAGCCGUCAGUGCUAACCUUGUCGGGGAAAUCCCAGACUUCUUUGGGGUUACCAAUUUCCCAGCUCUUACUGAUUUGCAUUUGUCUUUCAAUAGCCUUGAAGGUGGGUUGCCUUCGAAUUUCUCUGGCUCUUCGAUUCGAUCACUCUGGUUGAAUGGUAACAAGCUUAAUGGUUCAAUCGAGGUGUUGAAGGAUAUGACCGAGUUGAAUGAUGUUUGGCUCCACGGAAACUCUUUCACCGGACCUUUACCGGAUUUUUCCAACUCGCAAAAAUUGAAGCAAUUGAGUCUCAGAGAUAACCAGUUCACAGGUAUUGUACCUCCUUCUUUGACGAGUCUUAAAGGGCUUACCGUUGUCAAUCUCACAAAUAAUUUGCUACAAGGACCAACUCCUGAGUUUGGUGGUACUGUUGCUGUGGAUAAUGGAGGUCGUAAUAGCUUUUGUUUGCCUACACCUGGUGUUCCUUGUGAUACCCGUGUAGGUAUUCUGCUUUCAAUUGUGGAAGCCAUGGAUUAUCCAGCUGAUUUUGCUAGUGCCUGGCAAGGAAACGAUCCUUGUGCUGAUUGGAGAGGUGUUACUUGUGGAGAUAAAGAUAUUACAGUUAUUAAUUUUCCUAAGAUGCAUCUUGUGGGUACCAUCUCCCCUAAUUUUUCCAAGCUUACUGCUUUGAAAACGUUGAACCUCGCUGAUAAUAAUCUCACUGGUACAAUACCUGUAGAGCUUACAAAACUGAAUGAACUUAUUACUGUUGAUGUUUCGAACAACCAGCUUCAUGGUAAAAUACCACCUUUUAAGAGUAAUGUUGUUGUUAAGACGGAAGGGAAUCCGGAUAUCGGUAAGGAUUUCGUGACCCCUCCACCGGGAACUCCUAGUGGUGGUGAUACACCUGGAUCACCCCCGGGUACGGACUCUCCCUCUGGUGCUAAUAAGAAAUCUAAGACUGGCGUAUAUGUUGGAGUUGUCAUUGCCGGUGUUGGUGGGCUUCUUGUCAUUGGGGCUAUAGCAUUUUUCCUGAUAACUAGAAAAAGGAAGUAUUCUAGCAGGGUGCAAAGUCCAAAUGCGGUGGUGGUUCAUCCUCGUUACUCUGGUGACCAAGAUGCGGUGAAGAUUACAGUUGCAAAUAGGGUUAAUGCAAGCAGCAGUGAACCUUAUAGUCCGACGAGUAGUGGACAGAAUGACAUUCAAGUGGUUGAGGCUGGGAACAUGGUCAUUUCUAUUCAAUUGUUAAGGAAUGUGACAAAUAAUUUCAGCCAAGAAAAAGUGUUGGGACAAGGGGGUUUCGGAACUGUUUACAAAGGAGAAUUGCAUGAUGGAACGCAAAUUGCGGUGAAGAGGAUGGAAUCCAUAGGAGUGGUUGAGAAAGGUCUGACUGAGUUCACGUCUGAGAUUAAUGUUCUUUCCAAGGUUCGGCAUCGACAUUUGGUUGCACUUCUUGGAUACUGCUUGGAAGGAAAUGAGAGGCUCCUUGUUUAUGAGUACAUGCCUCAGGGGACUCUUAGUAGGUAUCUGUUUAGCUGGGAAGAGGAAGGGCUUAAGCCACUUGAAUGGACUAGAAGGCUUUCCAUAGCCUUGGAUGUUGCAAGAGGUGUUGAAUAUCUCCAUGGUUUAGCCCAUCAGAGUUUUAUCCAUAGAGAUCUUAAGCCAUCAAAUAUUCUUCUUGGAGAUGAUAUGCGGGCUAAAGUUGCAGACUUUGGACUUGUUCGCCUUGCUCCGGAAGGGAAACACUCAAUUGAGACAAGGCUUGCGGGAACUUUUGGCUAUCUUGCCCCAGAAUAUGCAGUUACUGGACGAGUGACUACUAAGGUUGAUGUAUAUAGCUUCGGAGUGAUUUUAAUGGAGCUGAUCACUGGAAGAAAAGCACUAGAUGAGAGCCAGCCUGAAGAAAGCUUGCACCUUGUCACAUGGUUCCGUAGAGUUCUGAUGAGCAAGGAUUCACUCCAGAAGGUCAUUGACCAGACAAUUGAUCUGAACGAGGAAACUCUUGCUAGUAUUAGCACCGUUGCUGAGCUAGCCGGCCAUUGUACUGCUAGAGAGCCCUACCAGAGGCCUGACAUGGGUCAUGCAGUCAAUGCGCUUUCAUCUCUCAUUGAUGUCUGGAAACCGUCCGAAGCAGAAGAGUCAGAAGACAUAUAUGGAAUCAACGGAAUCAGUCUGGACAUGAGCUUGCCGCAAGUACUCAAGAAAUGGCAGGCUUUCGAGGGCAGUGGCACCCUGGAUGAUUCUAGUUCUUCAUCAUUUUUUGCCAGUGAUAAUACACAGACCAGCAUCCCUGCUAGGCCAAAUGGGUUCGCAACCAGCUUCGAAUCAUCUGAUGGAAGAUGAAGUUAUAGAGAGAUAAAGUUUUGAGUCCCCAUUUGAAGACUCCAGGUGGCUUGUUUUGUUAAUACCCAGACCUUUGUGUCUUUCUAUAUUUUUUAUUUUUAGUGUUUUUUUCUUUUUUAAAGGUUUCUGCUUAAGUUUCCAUACCUAGUUGGAGUUACGUUUUAGUAGUUCUCAUAUCUCUGGUAUUUUAGAAGUGUUAUGAAUUGUGCAAAUAGGCAGUUAUAUUUAAAAAGUAAAAAAAAAAAGGAUUUUCUUUAAGUUUCAUCUUUCAAGAGCUUGGUGAUUUGGUUGCUUUGUAUUUAUUUUACCAAAGCCUAUGGAUAAUGAUUUGGUUUACCA